AUGGAGAAGGAGGGGGGGGGGGNGGGUAUUACCAGCAGCACCCGUCCGUCGUUUUUAACGCCAGAAGAUGCGGGCGGCGCGCGAGGUGCACCGUCUUCGCACCCACCGCCUGCUACUGCUGCGGCUGCCGGGAAGAGAAAGGUCGCAGAUCGGGGGAAGCAAGCCAGGGAUCGAGCUGCCCAAGGUGUUCUAGGUGGCAACAUCAUCAACGCGUUCGCUCGUGGAAGCGGAAAACCGACUUUCCCAUCUCGGCCCUCACUGGCCGAGCUGCCUUUCUCCACAAACCUACAAGCGUCGGCCUACCCGGUUUAUUCAACACUAGGGAAGACUCCCAAAGGGUAUGUUCAGCCGUGGGAAGAAGCCGGGCCUGGACAUUGUUGGCACGUGAAGGUCGAUGGUGCGACGGGGGCGGCUUCGUUCGUCCUCCAACGAAGCGCUUCCGCGAUCUCGACUUCGAAAGCGACGGCUUUACGGACCGCAAAGUUCAAAGCCCAUGUUGUGACCCAGCUGCGCCUCCUCCAGGAAGACGCCGCAGACCUCUUCAAGGAGGAGCAGCUCACGCCUCUCCAGUACUUAGAGGACCGUCUCAAGGUUAACUACAGCCUGAUCGUGAAGUGGGCUCAGGACGAGGCCAAUAUGGUCCAAUCGGCAGCAGAUGACGUGAAAAAGACCCUCCUUGCCAAACAGCAGCCAAAGCGGUGGUUUCCUGAGGAAAAGAAGAAGCUGUACAAUAUGUUGUUGGGGCGGCGGAGGAGGAAGCUGAAGGUGUCGACCCUGUAACUGACGGUCACGUUCCGGAAGCUCGUGCAAGAGAAUCACCCUGAGGACCAACGGGCGGCGGCGUUCAGCGCGUCCUUCAGGUGGGCACGAAAAUGGGCAAAGAGGCAUAAGCUGUCCAAACGGCGCAGGAGCAACCUCAAGAACAAGUCUGUUGAAGAGCGCCUACCAAAGAUCCAGCGCUUCCACCGGCGGUUUCGCAAGCUCCUGCAAGAGCCGGUACGGUACAGGGCACCCGAGGCAUCGGACGUGUCGGCGAUGUCGACGGUCGCGGAGGGAGAGUCCAGAGAUCCCAAGUACGGUCAGUUCCAGCUCUGGGAGCGUUGGAAUGUGGAUCAAGUGCCUUUGCCAUUCGUGAACGGGCUGAUCAGCACGUGGGAGAAGACAGGCGCGUUGCAUGUGGCCAUCUCGCAGCCCUUUGCUGGCCUAGAGAAAAGGAAGUGCACCAUGCAAGUCAUCUUUGGUCCGGGUGAGAAGACUAUGCGGAUUUCGGUGAUUUUCCGAGGCCAGGGGAAGCGGAUUUCGCCGGUGGAGAAAGCCGCGUACCACAAGGACGUGGACGUGUUUUUCCAGGAGAAUGCGUGGGCGGACCAAAAGUUCUGCAUGGAGUGGGCCAAGAGGUCGUACCGCGAAGGCCUGAUCCGCGGGCGGGGUGAGCUCCCCA